GGCGAUCCUGAGGCCGCGCCAGUAACGGCUUGCCUCUUUGUUCCGGGGUCUCCUCUGGCGGCCUCGGGCCGUGCUCGGUCCCCGAACCUUCCUUCGGCUCGCGCCGCGCGGAUGCGGAUGCUGCUGCCGGGCCUGGGCUUGCGCUUGGGGCUGGAGGAGGAGCGGCGGCGGGUCGGCAUGCGAUGGGGAACUGCUGCUGGACGCAGUGCUUCGGGCUGCUCCGCAAGGAAGCGGGCCGGCUGCAGCGAGCAGGAGGCGGCGGAGGAUCCAAGUAUUUUAGAACAUGCUCAAGAGGUGAGCACUUAACUAUAGAGUUUGAGAAUCUAGUAGAAAGCGAUGAAGGGGAGAGCCCGGGAAGCAGUCAUAGGCCACUUACUGAAGAAGAAAUUCUUGACUUACAAGAGAGGCAUUAUGAUUCUAUUGCUGAAAAGCAGAAAGAUCUUGAUAGGAAAAUCCAAAAAGAGUUAGCCUUACAAGAAGAGAAGUUAAGACUAGAAGAAGAAGCUUUAUACGCUGCACAGCGUGAAGCAGCCAGGGCAGCAAAGCAGCGAAAGCUCUUGGAGCAAGAAAGGCAGAGAGCUGUGCAGAGAUCGCAUCUUGGCGGUGGAGACUACCAAAGUUCAGGACCAGAAGAGGACUUUGAAUCUUGUUUAAGAAACAUAAAGUCACAGUACGAAGUUUUUCGAAGUAGCCGACUCUCAUCAGAUGCCACAGUAUUGACACCAAAUACAGAAAGCAGCUGUGACCUGAUGACCAAAACCAAGUCAACUAGCGGGAAUGACGACAGCACAUCAUUAGAUCUGGAGUGGGAAGAUGAAGAAGGAAUGAAUAGGAUGCUUCCAAUGAGAGAACGUUCUAAAACAGAAGAAGACAUUCUCCGGGCAGCACUUCGGUACAGUGGCAAGAAGACAGGCAGUAACCCCACGUCAGCCUCUGAUGACUCCAACGGUCUGGAGUGGGAGAAUGAUUUCGUUAGUGCAGAGAUGGAUGACAAUGGCAACUCGGAGUACUCUGGGUUUGUGAACCCCGUGUUAGAACUCUCCGAUGCUGGCGUGACGCAGCCCGACACAGGUCACCAGAUCCGAUAGGAUGACUGUGUCACCCUGUUCAUCAGUUAUGACCAAAUGUCAGAAAUCCACUGGAAUGUAUAAAUGGUAUGCUGGCCUUUUUGUAAAGGGCAGUAAUAAACCAUGUUGUAAAUGCUUAUUUUAUUAGAAAGGAGUAGGGGUGAUAGGAUAGAUCUGAAUUGCUUCAGAAUUAAGUGCAAUUUUAUCAUCUGCCUUCUGCUUUUCAUGACCGAUUUAAUGAUCCCAUCAUAUUAUCCAUUGACACUUUAUAGCAUUCCUGUUUAUGCUGGUCAGUUUUCACAUCUUAAAUCUUUAAUAAUUUUGCUUGGAAUGCUUUACUAAGCCUAUUUUGUUAUGUAACUAAAAGUAAUUUUUGUUAUUCUCAGCAGAUGUGAAGGGGCAUGAGAAGGAUGGUCACAUUCAUUCAGAGUAGUGUCCCCUUGUCUGGCAUGCUUUACUCUGAUGGCUUCUUUGAAUUGUGGUGUCUAAUAUCAAGCACAAUUAAUUUGAGAUAGCCCUAAGAAACGCUGAAGUAUGUUUCUUUCUUUCUUUUAUCUGUGUCUGCUGUGUGAUUUGGUAUGAUAAUGUUGACCUGGUUUGAACAAAGAUAAUCCAAUAAAUAUAAGCUUCCAGAGUUUGGACCUUGUAAGUUGGAAAUAAUUAAAAAUAAUAUUUAAAAUGCAUAUAUUUAAGUUUUUUACUUCAUUUUACAUUCUGGUAUAUUGACUUUAAGUUGAUAUCUUAAGUUUUUUAAAUUCUAUAUUUGCAGUGAAUGGUCUUUGAAAGAUUUUACACAGAACAUACUCUGUGAAUGAUUUUUUUAAAAAACAAGAAGGUAAUUACGGGUAUUUAAAGUAAACAAAUUUUUUUUGGUAUGAAAAGUACAUUGAUUUUCUUACACUUUAUUUUGCCUUGUAGUACGAGGUACUGAUGCAAUGGAAGUAAGCUUACAAAUGUAUAACCCUACAUUUUGUUACAGACAACUUUAUUUUUCUGUCAGUUGACCAGUCAGUAUAAAAGGCCAGGGAUAGAAAACAUUCCCUGUGUACAUUCCUUAAUUUUUCUGAGGAUUGAGUAUAAUUCUAGAAAGCAAAUUGAAUCUUGCUGUAUUGGGGUUUUCCUUCUUCCUCCCUCCCCCCAACAAUGACAGUGCAUGUUCUCAAAAAUAUAGAAAGGUCCAGAUAUAAAUAGUAACUUAAAGUUCUUGCUGUAUUUAAAAAAUCAUGUGGCCCUUUCCAUAUUUGAACUGCUAGACAAUGACAUCUAUAGAUUUUGUCAUUUUUUAAUCUCAUGGAAAUUAAUAUACUUUAUUAUGUAAAUAUACUUAGGUAAUGCUAUUAUUUAUAUCUGUCUUAUCCUAAUUUACAUUGUACUGUGUCAUUGGAAAUAUUUUGAAGGUACUCUAUAUUCACAUUGCUUGUGUUAAUGCUUUUUAAAGUUUAUAUACAUCAGAUGUAUAUUUUUGGUUUGGCAUAAGCUAUUGUUGUAAUUUUUCUUGGCUUUUUGUUCAUAAAGAAUUUUCUGAAGGAAUGGU